GCGAACGCGAGAUCAUCGAAUUUGAAAUAGUCAGACUGCGACUCGGAAUAAAAAGAAACAAAAUAUUCAAAUUGUCGUGCUCUGCGAGUGUGUGGGUGCAAACAGAUUCAGAAAAUAUAUCAAAAAUAUCUGAAUAAAUUCUAUAAAACAAAACAAACAAGCUCCUGGAUUUAUGAGCAACAAAACCAAGUUACCAAUGUGCGAGCACAGAAAUCAAGUGAAAACCCAGCGAAUAUGCCAAUAAACUAAAGACAUUUUGGAUUACAAGAAACCCACGCAUUUUGGAUACCAAACAUCGUUCGGCGACAGCCAGAAAAACCUAAGAAUUUCUUCAACGGCGCCACAAUGGAGAACCCAGCACAGAGUGUAAACGAAACCAAGGUGGAUUUGGGCCAAGAGAAGGAGGCGCUGGAAGAGGAGCAUUCCACCGCCGCCAAGGAGACCGUCAUUGACAUUCCCGCCGCGUGCCCCAACUCCUCAUCGAACUCCACGUCCUACGACACGGACUGCAGCACGGCGAGCAGUACCUGCUGCACCCGCCAGGGCGAGCACAUCUACAUGCAGCGGGAGGCCAUCCCGACUACGCCCCUUCCGGAGGCAGAGGAUCUGGCCCUGCUCAAGUACGUGCACCGCCAGCACUGGCCCUGGUUCAUCCUAGUGAUCUCCAUCAUUGAGAUUGCCAUCUUCGCCUACGACCGCUACACAAUGCCCGCCCAGAACUUCGGGCUCCCCGUUCCGAUUCCGUCGGAUUCGGUGCUGGUCUAUCGGCCAGACAGGCGGCUGCAGGUGUGGCGCUUCUUUAGCUACAUGUUCCUGCACGCCAACUGGUUCCACCUGGGCUUCAACAUCGUUAUCCAGCUGUUCUUCGGCAUUCCCCUGGAGGUGAUGCACGGCACAGCCAGGAUCGGUGUGAUCUACAUGGCGGGAGUCUUCGCCGGAUCCCUGGGCACCAGUGUCGUCGACUCGGAGGUGUUCCUUGUAGGUGCCAGCGGUGGCGUCUAUGCCCUCUUGGCCGCCCACCUAGCCAACAUCACGCUAAACUAUGCGCACAUGAAGAGCGCAUCUACGCAGCUCGGAUCAGUAGUCAUCUUUGUCUCCUGCGAUCUGGGCUAUGCUCUGUACACCCAGUACUUCGAUGGCGGAGCCUUCGCCAAGGGUCCCCAGGUGUCGUAUAUUGCCCACCUCACGGGAGCUCUGGCUGGACUCACGAUCGGAUUCCUGGUGCUGAAGAACUUCGGACACCGGGAGUACGAGCAGCUGAUCUGGUGGCUGGCCUUGGGCGUCUACUGCGCCUUCACCGUCUUCGCCAUCGUGUUCAACCUGAUCAACACGGUCACCGCCCAGCUGAUGGAGGAGCAGGGCGAGGAGAUAACCCAGCAUCUGCUCCACGACCUGGGAGUGUCCUAAGUAUAAGGAUUCAGAUUCAUAUUGAGAUGGAGAUUCAGAUUCAGCUUGAGGAGAGAUCGAGAGACAGAGAAGUCUGUGGAGGAAAAGAAAAGUUCACUCAACGAUUUAGUUCAAAACUAAAUUCGAAAUUCGUUUGGCUUUUGCUUUUCGUUAGCAUUACCGUUAUCGUUACCGUUUGCAGUUACCGUUAACCGUUUCAGUUCCGAAACACAAUACACACACACACACAAACUCAAAAAAUGAAGGAAAAUUAAGAAGAAGAAGAAGAAGAGAAGAACAUAAACCGAAGCCGAAACGUGUAAACAAAUGUUGUGAUAGAACCAAAGACUGAAUUUAUUUCGCGUGUAAAAACCAAG